AUGCUUACGUACGAAGUCGAGUGCAAAAAAAAAAUCGGCUGUAUUGUUCAUCUCUCGUCGGCUGCACCUGCAUUAGGGCUCAACUCUCUCUUUGAUGUUCUUCAUAAACGUGAUGAGGACUAUCGAGGAAUGGCUCCUGAAGCCUGCGAAAUGGACUCAGUGACGUCAUAUUCGCAUCUCAAGGCAAAGAAAAGUGGAGCAGCGAACACAAAUGCGGCGCGAUAG